CUUGGUCGCUGGUCAUUACCAAUUGGACUGGAAAUUCGUGGAAGGAUUCCUGGGAGAAACUGCAUAUGCAGACGCAUUUCAUGCACUAUUUGGCCACGGCCACUUUUCAAAAGCGCUCCACAGACAUUUUGCUGGAGCACAGAAGGUCGAUCACCAACGACGAAUCACACGACAGGCUGGCUCCGAGUCUACGCUCCUGGACGUGCUGGCACGCUUCCAGUCCAAUCAGGCGACGGAUCCAAGAGAUCGGAUAUACGGCCUGUUAGGAUUGGUCACGGACAAGCAUGACAUUGUGAUUGACUACACCAAAUCGGCCACCCAGGUUUUCAUGGACGCUACCGUAUCUCUGAUCAACAAAGCCGAGAACCUCGACAUGGUUUGCCAGACAAUUUGGACAACUAGUACUGUUCUAGCCACCUCCAGGCUCGAUAGGGGCGUGCCAGAUCUGCCGACGUGGGCUGCUAACUUUUCCCUACCGUUCCAGUCUGACGAACACUCGCGAAUCCUGUUCGCACAGCGAGGCAUCUAUGCAGCUGGGAAACAUACCAUCGAGACCCCUUGCAAGAUUAUAGGCAACCAAUUUCUGCAACUACAUGCCGUGAUUCUGGGCCGCGUACAACAAGACAUUGUUCUCGAGAAUCCUAGGCAUGUUUGGAACAACCCCCAUUACCUUGCGCCCCGCAAGUGGCUGAAGGAUUCUGGAAUGAUGGUCUCGAAUACAGAAAAUAGCAAGGAUAACCAGGAAACCUACAAAAAGACAAAUGAAGCCGCCAUUCGUGCUUAUUGGCGCACGCUGUUGAUGGAUUGCGCGGCGUAUCCUAUCACGCGCCUCACCAGCGAGGACAUCUUGGUUGCCGACGCUGCUUUCCGCGAAAUCCUACAGGAUCCAAGGAAUGAAUACAUAAAUGGCAACUUCGGUUCUUCCAGAGGCAAGACAAGGGACCCCCAAGACCCUGACGAUGAUAUAUUCGAAGACGGUCUGGAGCGACAUUGGAACCAGCUUCCCGAGUCAAUGAGACGUAUGUGGACCCGAAAUUACAAGUUCUGGACGUUCGCUAUAACUGAGAAUGGACUGUACACCAUGAUACAAAACGCUCUAGCGGGAGACGUCAUCGCUUCAGUCGAGGGAGCCAAGGUUCCACUGGUGUUGCGCGAAAAUGGUGACUUUCGAGGCAAGAAGACGUACUUGCUGGUAGGAUCGGCUUAUGUGCACGGGUUCAUGGAUGGAGAGGCUUUCAUCCCGAUGACUGGGUUUUGCUUGGAAGAAGAGCAGAUUCUCGUUCAGUGA